GACCACAGUGCAGUGAUUUGUUAUUGCCCGUGGAAGUCGCUGUAGGAACUUACUCUGCAGAUUUCCGUCAAUUUUAGGCUGAUAACAAUCUGCGAUUUUAGUACAUAUAGGCUUGUUUGUCACCAAGCUUCUGAUAGAGAAAAUGCGAGACCAAAACAAUCUUAAGAGUCCGAAGAAAAUGAGCUAUCCUCGUGGACAACAGAGGACUCGCCCAUAUCAGCAUACAUCUAAAACCACAGGAACAUCCGUCACGGGAGGAGGUCGCGUCCCUAUUUCGAGCCAUCGUUGCGCCGUAGUCCCAGAAAAAAGUGUAGUUGAUCAGGGAACAGCACUACGCAAUCAAAUUCACAUGGAGAUCGAGAAAAAAUCCAAAGCCUGUUCGAAUCUUACGUAUGAGUGUACACUACCUCGGCUAGAACAAUACAAUUAUUGCAAGCGGCACAUUUUGCAAGAUCCCCGAGCACCGUACAAACAGUGCGCGUAUUUCUUUGCAUCGAACGGCAAGCGUUGCCAUGAACCGGCUCCAAAAUAUGAUAACAAAAAGGAUUAUGGAACAAAUUACUGUUUUGAGCACAGCCGAUUGACCCAGCUGACAAAAACUAAAUCUACAAUUGGCAAGCACACACCCAUUGAGACAACGGAAACCUUACUUCAUAGUCUGGCACACCAUGUCAAAGUGGAUAAAUCUAAGCAGCAGCAAUCAGCAAAUUGUUCUCUUAAAAUUUCCGUUCACGAAGACGAUGAAGAUGGCGAUGUGGAUGUGGUCACGCCGUCCGUGGAUCCGUACGCCGAUAUUGAUGUAGCAGCAAUCAAUGACUCCGCCCGCGUUGUAUUAGACUACGCAUCUGAUAGUAGUUCCGACGAGGAAGCCACCACAAUUGGAAAUACAUGGCGCGGCUACGAGAUGGACAAUUCUGACAACGAAAGUGUCGACUCACAAAAUGAGGAUCUACUGAAACACGCCGGAAUCUAUACCGCAGAAGAAGCAACUUUAAUCACUAAAGAGAAGUUGAUAAGGUUACAAGCGCUGUACAUUGACCAAUUCCAUCGUCUACAACACGUGCUGAAGGAAAAACGAAGGCGGUACCUUCAUGAGCUACGCCGCGAACAGGAACAAUGCUGUAGUAUUCAUGUCCAGGUCAAAGACACGCCGAAGGAACGCAUAAUGUACGAAAAGUUGAAGGCUUUGAAUCAUUAUCAUAACAAACACGGUAUGGAGGCGAUUUUACAUCGAAAGUAUCUAGAAAAAAGGGCCAAAGCUACGGAAGGUUUGCAACAGAAGGUUCCGACAUAUCCAAAGUGUGCGUUUACGGAGGGUGGCGUCAAAUGCGGGGAAAGAACGUUGCCCUGUUGCAAAUUCUGUCGGAAGCAUAUUCUGGAAGAUAAAAAGCAGGUUCUGUUCAAAUUUUGCGGCGUUGAAAAGAGCGGAGUUGUGUGUCAAGAACCCUUAGCAAAUCUUUUCGAAAAUUCGACCUGUUAUUUACAUGUGGAUCUCCCAGCGCAGAAAACAUUCACAAAGAAAAAGUUCGAGUCGGAAUCUGAAGGGGAGGAAGAGCCUCAGUCUGAAACAAAACAGAUAGUGAUUGACACCGUAGCGAAUGACCAGAAAAACUCUCCUUCCCAAACGUCCAGCACUACUACGACUACUGUAGCUGAAACGGAUGAUCAGGACUUAUCCAACGAAGCGCCGAUUGUGGAACAUAACAUCACCAUAGUACACGACGAUGAUCCAGGCAAUCUUGAAGAUUCGCUUCCGAUUUGCGUUAUUCCAAAACCGGUACCUGUGAAGGAACCCCUUCGAGAAGGCAAAAACGAUGACAGCGAAGAUAAGCAGGGAUGGGAGAAACCGGAAGCUGAAACCGAGAAGAAAUCAACUGAAGAAGCGGCGGACAAGAUAAAUACUUCAAUUUAAUUUCAUUGUAAUAGCAACGGCGUAAGAUAAUAAUCCGAGUAACAAAGUGUAAAUUAAUACAAACAUGAAAUAACAUAAUAAUCUAAUGUACUCUCCCGAAAUAAACGUUUCUGCUAAAACUUA